AUGAAUGAAGUGGAACAGACGAUCUUUACUCUUAUCAAUAAUCAUCGUGAAAACCAUGGCUUACCUCCACUUCAACCGUCUGCUAAUCUUGCUUUUGUUGCUCGUACGCAUGCAAUCGACCUUGUUGAAAAUGAACCUGAUGUCGAUGGUGGUAAUAUGCAUAGUUGGAGUGAUAAAGGUAACUGGAAACCGGUUCGAUAUACACGUGAUCAUGCACAAGCACACCUAAUGUGGAGUAAGCCAUCAGAAAUUAGUAAUUAUAAAUACACUGGUUACGAAAAUUCACAUGGUUAUGGACAUGGCGUUAGAAAAACAAUGAGAAUAGAUCCAUAUAGAGCUGUUGAAGGUUGGAAAAAUAGUCCUGGGCAUAAUAAUGUGAUGAUACAAAGAGGUGGUUGGUCGCCAAUGAAAGCCAUGGGAGUUGGUGUUUAUAAAGGAAUUGCAAAUGUUUGGUUUGGCGAACAUCUAGAUACAUUCCCAGCUCCUGGUGAAACAGAGGAAAAUGAUGCCGAUAUUAUUUUUGGCAAUACUUAUCAAUUCAUUCAUGCGGCAUCGAACAAGGCUCUUGAGAUCCACAGCAGCGGUACACACGACGGGGCCAAUGUUGAGAUUUUUAAAAAUCACCAAGGUGCCAAUCAACUUUGGAUUAUCUAUGGAUACGAUGAUGAUUCAAUUCAGCUAUUUAAUGCGCAUAGUGAUAAGGCAUUAGAUGUGAGUGGAAAUGGCCAUUCAGAUGGUACUAAUGUGCAAAUCUAUACAAACAAUCGCUCCGUGGCACAGCGAUGGUUUCUGAAAUCGGUUGGAAAUGGUUUAUAUGAGUUGAUCAAUGUCGAAUCUGGCAAAGCACUCGAUGUUAGUGGAAACCAAUCGGCUGACGGAACAAAUGUACAAAUUUGGACACGCAAUCAUACACCAGCUCAACGAUGGCGAAUCGUUCCUAUUUAG